AUGAACACGCGCAGCAGUGAGUCGAAGGAUCAGCUCGAGAAUUGGGUGCACUUCUGGGCGUGGCGCUACAGGCGCGCCAGCUGUCCAGAUAUGUUUCUCGAGCUCGGCUCGGCCGUCGCCUUGGCCAGGAAAGUGACGGACACCGCGCUGCUGGGCCACGCGGGCACGCGCUACCUCACCGACGCGGCGUUGAGCGACCUCUGGACGUCUUCCACCGGGGUGUUUGUCAUGUCGGGCACGAUCUCCGUGUUCGGCAGCCAAGCUUUCGGUGCCGGCAACAAGCAGCUUGUGGGCAUCUGGCUGCAGGUGGCGUACUGCGUGCUGUUCUCCGUCGUGGUGCCUGUGGCAGUUUGCUGGAGCCUCACCGGCGUCGUGCUCCGGGCCUUCGGGAAAGACUCGCAGACCGCGGAUGAAGCCGGAUACUACGCGCUGGUGCUGAUGGCGUGCUUCCCAGCGCGCAUCGGCUUCUCGCAGCUGAGCGGCUUCUUCAUGAGCCAGAGGAUACUGAAGCCAGGCUACACCUGCGCCACCUUCGGGAUGGUGUUCAACCUGAUCUUCGGGUGCAUCUUCGUUCUUGGGAUACCCAUACCAGGCUUCGACGGGUACGGUUUCUGGGCGUGCCCCCUGGUGACCGUCGCGCUGGAGUACGCGCAGCUGGCACUGCUGGUUCUCGUCUUCUGCAAGUGCCAGGGCCUCCACCGCGAGUGCUGGCCGGGCUGGUCGCGCGAGCACAUCACCUCGGAGCGCGUCCGCAGGUUUCUGGGCCAGUACUUCCCGUCCGCCCUCUCGCUCGCCAGCGACUUCUGGCGCGUGGCGGCGAUAGGCGUCGUUGCCGACACCACGGGGCCCCUCAACAUUGCG